GGACGGUGGGGCUAGCCGUAGAAAUAAAACUACGUUUUCAAAUUCCUUCGGUGUAGUGUGGACCGGGCCUAAGUUGAAACACUUUCUCGCACGCUAUUGGUUAAAAUAACGUACCCACUUUUCACCUUAACUGAACGGGAGGGAAGCCACGAGAAGCUCAUGAGACUCAUAACGAUUUGCAUUUUUUUCAUCAGCCAAGGGCUUUCUGUUAGAAAAACUUGAACCUUCCUGUUCACAUAUUUGUUUAAACGUCCACAUUAGCAUACUUUGCAGAGUGACAAGUGACCUGAACAUGAUCAAACAACGGGGUUAUUUCCAAGUCUGGCAGCAGUGAGGACUUUUUCAGGACGCUUUUUGUCUGCGAUUGCCUCAAUAUGUUUACAGCAGCAAAAGUUUCCAUCACCGUGAUGCUAUUGGUAAUAACCACUUGUAACACUAGUGCUGAGGUCAGCCUCCCGUUCAGAAGAAUCACCGCACAGCAGUUUCGAACCAGAAGGAUCAAAUGCAAUGUCACAAGAGAGACCUUUCUUGCCUGGGAAACGCCCUCUAGGGAAGCCAGUCUUGGACAACCAGCUAUUGAGAGCAGAAAUAUUACACUGGAACAGAGCUCUGGACGACUAAGCGUCGAAAGGACUGGAAACGACUACAUUUUGAUAAUUCGAGACGUGAUAGUCAGAGAUGGUGGAAAAUACUACUGCAAAGGAUCUAGGCAAUCAGAGAGCUUCACUCUUGACGUCGACUUUGUAAGUCAUGGUGUGAAGACACCACAACAGCUGAAACUCGGCGAGAUUGGAGUGAUUGAACUGGGGGUAUCCGCUUACCCCCCGCUGAAAUACGAAUGGCGGAAAGGUGGUCAGCCCAUGACUCUCCCCAUGGAAGGAAAGUCUGUUGAUCUCUACAGUGGCUCUGUAACAAUCGCUAGGGUGGAGAGAGGCGACCAAGGAAGCUACUCGUGCACAGUGGUCUGGAAAGCGGGCAGACCCAGAGAAACAGAGGACACUGUCGAAAUUCAAGUUCUUGUUGUUGGUAAGUUAAGCUAGACCUUCUCAACAUAGCUGUAAGUGAGAUUGUACCGGAAGGCGACCUUCAGCCGCGGCCUCCGAUUCUUCAGUUUUCUCACUAAAACAGAGGACCCCUAAAGGCUGUUUACAAGGAGGGAGGGUUACCCUAGCAAGCGGGUUAACCUUAGCUGGAGGGCAAAAUAUAGCCCGGGUUUACAAGGAAAUUUCACAGGUAGGGUAACCCUACAUCCCGCGGGACAACUUAGUGCGCAGUUACACUCAAAGGAUCUAGAAACAAUUAUAAAGUUAACCCGGAGAGGCGGGUUAACCUUACCUGGAGUGUUUACAAUGGUAAAAGCUAUCCCGCCUGCCAGGGUAACCCUAGGCACGCAGAUAGAGU